UUCGAUUAAUCUGAGGGCGGGUGGAUUUCCCGGGGCUGCACAUGCGCACCGCAGCGAAAUAGCGUCUCCCCCGAGAUCUGGACGGCCCGGAAGCGGAGCGUCCCCCAUCACAGGCUGGAUGCAGGAUUCGGGAACCGAAGCGGAAGGGAAGGCAAGCGGGUGGCAGUUUUCUUUCAUUAAGUUUUGUGUUUCUCCUACUGAAACCAAUCAGCUUCCUAGAAACUUUAUAUGAAAUUCUGAUAAGAUUCAAAAAUGUCAACAGAUAUCAAGAAUAAUGGCUUUGAAGAUGACAGUAUAACAGAGCACAUCAUGAUAGACCAAAGCUCAUUAUCUCCUAUAGUUGCUGAAUAUGAUAAACAUCUUGGAGAAAUGAAUGAACAACUGAAAUACUGCCAGAUGCAGAUGAAAGAAAUGAGGCUAAAGCUUGAGCAAGUCAUCAAAGAAAAUGAAAGAUUGCAUGAGGAGUUAAAAGAAGCAAUUGAAAAGCAGUUGGAAGCUCUGCCAUCUGGUUCUGUUUCAAGGGAUGCUACAUUUAUGGAUGAAAACUUAGUAAGAAACCUUCAAGAACAGUUGCAACUAGCAAAUAAAGAAAAAGAACAUGUCCUAGAACUUUGGCAGAUGGUUUCACGGGAAUUGGAGCGACUUCAACAGAUAUACCAGGAACACAUGACAGAAGCACAAAUUCAUAUUGUGGAAAGGCAGAAGCAAAACAUUAAUCAUGUGUUUCUCAAAACGGUAACGGAACAAAAUGUAGAGCUGGAACAGCUGCGCAAGCAACAAAGACAAUCCAAAUUGGACUUGAGAACCACAGCUGCAAAAGCUGAUGAAAUGAUGGGACUCAUUGAGGAUCUUCGCAGCCAAGUAAACAGAAAGGAAGAAGAGGUCCUGACUGCUCAUGAAAAAGAGGAGGCGUCAGAUAAACACUUAAAGGAAUUGCAGUCAAGCAUAAAACAGUUGGAGACAAGACUUUGUGUAGCUACAAAAGAUUCUAAACAGCUAAGAUCAGAAAGAACAAAUCUUGAAAAAAAAAUUCAAGAGCUGCAAACAAAAUGUGUGAAUAUAGAAGAAGAGAAGUAUGAUGCUGUAGCAAAAGUCCGAGACAGCAUGCAACUCAUAGAAGAAGCUAAUCUCCAGAAGAGUCAGGCAAUGCUAUCAGAGAAACAAAAAGAAGAGGAAAUUGAAACUAUGAAACAAGCCAUUUCUCAGCUGCUUCAAGAUGCUGCUUUAAGAACUAGGAAACAAGUAGAAAACGAGAGGAAACGAUACAAUAUUCAGAUUUCACGUGUAACAGAAGAACUUACUGCACUUCAGAUGGAAUGUGGAGAAAAACAAAGCCAACUAGAGCGAGCUAUUAGAGAAAAGCAAGCAGUUGAAGAAGAACUAGAGAAGGUGUAUCGUGAAGGUAGAGGAAACGAAGCUGAUUAUAGAAAACUAGAAGAGCUUUACCAGAGAUGUCUGAAUGCUGAACGUAUAAAAGAUGAUCUCCAUCUUAGUUUGCAAACAGCACAAAACAAAAUUAAGCAACUGGAACUGAAAUGUGAAGAAGAGAAAUGCCGUUGCCAAGAAAAUAUGUGCAAACUGCAAAGUAUUCUUCAUUCUGAAAGGGAGAAAUGUGGAGCUAUAAGUGAAGAGCGCUUAAAGCUGCAACAAGGGAAUGAACAGCUUCAAAAAGAAAUGGAAAACUUGAAAAAGCUGACAAUGGAGGCACAACAUUCUGCAAAAUUAAAGAUAAGUACAAUGGAGAAUGAGCAUUUACUAAAAGAACAUGGGUUUGAAAUUCAACUGAAAGAGAUGGAAGAUGUAAAUCAAAACUCAGUAACUGAACUUAGACGCCUGUUGAUGGCUCAACAAAAAGCAACAAAUCGUUGGAAGGAGGAAACAAAGAAAAUAACAGAAAUAACUGAAUCCAGAAUAAAUUGUCUAAAAACCGAGCUGAGUCGUCAAAAGCUUCACACCCAAGAAUUAUUUUAUCAACUGGAAAGAGCAAAUGAAAAGGUUAUUGAGAGCGAAAAAUUAAUGAGGGAACAUCAAGAAAAAGUCAACCGACUUCAAAAUCGACUAAAUCAGGCAGAAGAGAGAGCAACUACAGCAACUCAACAGCUCAGCGCCAUAACAUUGCAGAAGAAAAAGGCUGCCUACUUGAUAGAGCAAAAAGAAAUGUAAAAUAAUAGGUCCUUUCAUAGUGUAUAUGUACAGGUUGCCGAAAAGUACCUUUGGAGCCUUAGAAUGUAUCAUGUAAAAUAUUUUCCAGAUAAUACUUCAUUACUUUAUAAAACAAAUGUAUUUAUUCCUAUUCACAACAAACAUUAAGCAGACAGCUGAGAAAAUAUGUAAAAAAAAUAUGGAGGUGCUGUCAAGCGGCUGCUAGCGAGCACAGGGCACUGUCCCUUACCCAGCCAUCCGAUUGUAAUCCAAAACUCCAGAGGCUCCAAUUGGGGCUCUGGUGGCUAGCAGUGGCUCUCUCCUUCCCCUGAUUAGCGCGGCGGCCAUUUUGAAAGCACUUUUUACCGGCCACUGACUGAAGCUCCGGCUGGCUUCCGAAGACGCCGAGAGGUGGUGGCCAUUUUUGACACAUUUGCUCCUAUCGGCAUCCGAACACCAUGGGAAGCCUGAAACAGUACGCAAAAGCCCCUCAGACGCAGACAGCCUCCAGGGAGCGCGUAAUCUAGUCCGGGGCGCCGGCAAGAUUAGCCUCUCUCCACCCACUUCCACAGGCAACAGGAUAGGCGGCAUUGGAGAUUCCUUGGCUAGGCCAUAUUCCUGACCUCUGGAUGUUCUGCGAGCGCUGCCAAGCCGGCUGGCUCGCACUGGGUGCCACUCUACUGCAGCAGCCCCACGUCAGUACCAAUGAAGAUCCAGCACAACUGCCUCAGAGGAAUCAUCAUGGCAGAUGGAUGUUUGGAGGCACAAGGGGACCUGGCAGGGCCCUCUUUGAAGCGCAGUAGGCCAGAUCCUCCUCAACAUGGGGGGAAAGAGUGGAAGGGCACUACAGGGAAGGGUUCCCAUGAUUCCUCAAGGAAUAAGGGGCCCCAAGGGGAAGAAACCAGGAAACAAGGCCCCGGGGAAGGCUUCUGAGAAGACCCUGAGGCCAGAGAAAUUGCCUGAGAAUAGGGCUACAGUGAUCAGUCCUUCCCCAGUCAUUCUGGAUGAGGGGGACCCCUCACCCUCUCAGGGAGAUCGGUCCCCAUCCUUCAUUGACAGUGAAUCCCUGGAUCGCUCCCAUGAUACCUCACUGGGUUACCCAGAUUCCCCUAGUAUUUUUUUUUUUUUUAGUAUUUUAUUAGGAUUUAUAGGCC